AGUAUAGUAGUAGUAGUAGUAAAGCAGAACAACAUUGCUGCUGAAGAGAAAAGAGAUGUGCAAGGUGGUAAAAGUCGUCGAGUUCGAAUUGAAAUGAGUGUGCGCGUGCUAAUCUGUGCAGUUUGUGUCUUUUAACAUGGCAGAAGGGUCCCGUUAUCGGGGCUCAGUAGUUGCAUUUUUCCUUUGAGAAAUCAUUUUAUUAUAUAUGCAAAUUGUGCGUGUAGUGUGUUCCUUUCUUGCUAACGUGAUUUCGGAGUAAAGAUCCUUUUUCAGAACAAGGACGUGUGACCGCGCCUGAAAAGGAGACAGAUCAACAACAGCGUAAGGUGUCGCUGCUGAGUGUAAUAGAUUUUGGAUGAGGCUAUACACAGAAUUGACAGAAUUGACAGGUGAACAAUACUCAUGAAUAUUAAUUUCUUCGAUCGGCUUUGAAAACAGGUUGUUAUUAUUCAUUGGCAAAGCGAAGAGUAAUUUCAAAUGCUUUCAGGUGAAAGAGAUUAUGUUGCUUAUAUCAAUAUGGUUCGCGAGAAUGGUGGGUGGAGUGCCCAGCGGGUGGAUAAGAAGAGUCCUCUUCUUUCUUGUUCUGAUUACUGGGGUACUUCUCAUCGCCAUGUUUGCUAACUCACCACCUCUUUCUUCAUUUCAACCUUUUACUGUUCGAAGACCAUUCCGUAGUCCUUGGUCAUGGGUGUGUAAUGAAGGGAGAUGUGAAAGAAGGGCUGUUAGAUCAUCAAGAACAACUCAAGCAACAUGUGCAGCCACAUGUGGUGGGAAUACACGUUUAAUUUGGCCUAGCCCUACAGGCAAAACUUUUCUCAGCAAGGAUCAUGUAGCUUUUCAUAUUCAACAAAUUGAUUUCGGCAUAAUUGAUUCCCCUGAUCAGGAAGUUUCAAAUCUUUUAGAAAAGGCGAAGGAAGUAUUUUUAGGAAAUGUGAGAAGUUUAAUAAAAAUACCAAACGCAAAGGCCAGAUCGACAAUUGAUAAUUUUGUCAUAUACUUAAGUCCAGGAGAUUCUAAAGACAUGAAAUUAAGUCUAAACACGGAUGAGUCUUAUAAACUGAAAAUUUCUCUAAGUGGCAAACUUCUGGAAGCAAAGAUUACAGCUAAAAGUUAUUAUGGAGUUCGCCACGGUUUAGAAACUUUAAGUCAAAUGAUAUGGUGGGAUGAGACAGUGGGAAAACAGGGAAUGCUACGUGUAUUAAGUCAUGUUACAAUUGAUGAUAAACCAAAAUUUCCCUAUCGUGGACUAUUAAUUGACACGGGUCGUCAAUAUUUUUCAAUUGAUGAAUUAAAACGUGUCAUCGAUGGAAUGUCAGCAUCAAAACUGAAUACAUUUCAUUGGCAUCUCACUGAUUCGCAAAGUUUUCCAUUUGACUCGGCCAUAUUUCCGGAAAUGGCACGUUGGGGUGCCUACAGUGGAGAACAAGUUUACACUCCUGAGGACGUUCGAGAUCUUGUGCAUUAUGCAAGGAUCAGAGGGAUCAGAAUUCUCAUCGAGAUUGAUUCCCCUGCUCACGCUGGCGCUGGUUGGCAAUGGGGUCCUGAACAUGGAUUAGGUGAAUUAUCAUUAUGCGUGGAUCAAAUGCCCUGGGCAUCUUAUUGCGGAGAACCGAAUUGUGGUCAGAUAAAUCCAAUCAAUGAACAUUCCUAUCGAAUUAUUCAAGGACUUUACAAAGAACUUUUGGAUUUAACUGAAAUUCGUGACAUCAUUCAUUUGGGUGGUGAUGAAGUUAAUCUCGAUUGUUGGGCACAAUAUUCAAAUAUAACGGCUGCAAUGCAAGCACAAAAUAUAACUGAUCAUUAUGCCCUGUGGGGAGAUUUUGAAAUGAAACUAUUGUUGAGUAUACUUAAAGUGAAUCAGGAAAAAAUUCCACAAGCUGUAAUUAUAUGGAGUUCACCAUUAACAAAAAAGCCUCACAUUACAACAUAUUUUGAUUCUAAAGUUCAUGUGAUACAAUCAUGGGGUGGUAGUAAUUGGCAAGAAACACAAGAUUUAUUAGACGAUGGAUUUCGCGUAAUUCUAUCACAUGUGGAUAAAUGGUAUUUUGAUUGUGGUUUUGGAAAAUGGAGAGAAACAGGCGAUCCAGCUUGUGGAGAAUAUCGCACUUGGCAAACUGUCUAUAAUCAUAGGCCCUGGCAGGAAUAUCCACAGAAACAAUUGAAUCUCAUUCUUGGAGGAGAAGCUGCUAUUUGGAGUGAGCAAGUGGGACAAAUGUCCUUGGGACCUCGACUCUGGCCUAGGGCAUCAGCACUUGCCGAAAGAUUGUGGAGUGAUUUACCAGAAAACGGCUUUUCUGUAGAAGAAAAUGUAUACACAAGAUUAUCCACACACAUGGAUAUUCUGACGGCUCGGGGACUUAAAAUAGAGGCAAUGUGGCCACACUGGUGCUCUCAGAAUCCAGGAAAAUGCCUUUGACUGAGGUAGAAAUUAACGGAUAAACGUAAAGCCAUUUCAGUACACCACAGUGACUCGAGGAAGCAAAGCUGUGAAUUAAUUAUAAUAAUAAUACUAAUUGUUUUAUCAUUUAUGAGGCCAUUCAUCAAUUUCAUCAUGUCAUGAUUUUUUGCUAUUAUAGACUGAUUAUUGUCAAAAGAAUUUGCGCUUUUCGAUAUAAAACAUUAUUCAAUCGUCACAAAUAACAAAAAAAAAAAAAAAACAAAACAAAACAAAACUGCAAACAUAAAUACGUUUUUUAGAAAAUUUUUUAGAAAAUCUUUUGCUGAACACAAUAUUAUAGAUUUAUACAUUGUUGAGCUUGUAUUCGAGACUCAAUUAAAAUAAUACUGAAAAAACAAUUUUAAGAAAUGCGAAUUUUAAUAAGAGAAGCAAUAAUCAUGAACGAAAUUUAAUUUGCGACAUUUAAAAAAAUAAUAUAUAUAUAUAUAUAUAUAUAUAUAUGCUCAAGCUAAUGGCACCUAUGACUGUUUCAAGUUAGAAAAAAAAAUACAAAAUACAGAUCAGUCUCUUAGCACUGAGUACUUUAGAUAAAAAUAUUAUUCCACAUAAUAAAUAGAUGAAAGCAAAGAGUUUUCAUGAUGGGGUCCAAUGAAGGGCUUGAUGAGAGCUUACUUUUAUAUUUAUAUGUAUAGAAAAAAAGGAAGAACAAAAAGGAAA